AUGCACGCCCUAGGGCUUUGUGGACCGAAGAACAAUUGCAAGAAGCCAUUAAUAAAGUUAGUUCCGGUGAGAUAUCCAAAAGAGAAGCCCAUAGGCGAUAUCAUCUCCCACCAAAGACCCUUAAACGUAGAAUGGCCAGUGGUAAUCUUCAGAAAGGGAGUCUCGGACCAGAAGGAAGCUCAGUUAUGGAUGAAACACAACGCCAGCAGAAACUUGACGAGAUAUCAAGCCGGUGCAUUAAUUGGAAAAAGUUGGUUAAGAUCAGCAUCUGUGGCCACAGCCAUUAACGGUUUCAAGGCAACAGGGAUAUAUCCUGUUGAUCCUAAUGCUAUUCCGGAUCACUUCUAUUCUAUAACUGAUUCAGCCAUGGCAGAUACUUCCCCAGAAAGAGAUGCUAACCGUCCCAGCUUAGGAUUACCCUCCACCAGCCCUACUAGUUCUGCUCAAGCAUGUGGUAGGGGAGAUGAAGGCGACGGUCCACAAAUCACUCCUUCAAAAUUUUUGCAAGAAGUUUCUCCUGUCCCAAAAGUACCUGUAUCCUUCAAGCAAAGGUUCAAGCAAAGCGCAGCUGUGUUAACAUCACCUGAAAACAUAACGAAGAGGGUUCGCCCUGACAAACAUAACACAACCAAUGUGACAGCGAAGAAAAAGAAACUAAGAGUACAAAAAAAAACAGCUAGAGGAAGAGCCAGAAAAAAAUCAAAGGAGCGACAGCGACGAUGAACCUCUGGCCAAAAAUAAAACUGAAAAUCGGGA